AUGGAAAUUCUUAUUAUAUACCAAAAAUCUGAAAAUUUACCAAUCAAAAGUAAGAUAAUUAACAAAGAAAUUCAUUAAAUUCCAAUUGUGUAUUGAUAUAAAUAUUUAGGAAUUCAGAUAGACUUUAAUGGAUAGAUAAAGUAACAUAUUGAAGAUAGAGAAAGAAAUAUGAAUUAUCAAUUAACCAAGAUAAAGUAUAUAUCAAUUAGAAUGAAUUUCAGACAAAGACUGCUAUUAUAUAUCAUACAUAUGUAACCUUAUUUCAAAAAUUGCUUGAUAGUAGAGUAAUUUUAAAACAAAUUAACUCUUAAUCGUCUCUAGUAAUUAAAGAAUAAAAUAUUAAAAACUGAAUUAUGUUUGCCUAAAAAUACUAAAGAUCAAUUUAUCUAUAAUAUUCUUCAAUAUUAUGAAACAUCAAAAUUUAAAGUGAUCAAUAAAAUAAUCAAUAAAACUUUGGAAGGAGAUAUAGCAAUCUUAGAUAUUACUAUGGAUCAUUUAAAAGAAGGGAUGAAACGAAGCCCAUCUAUAAAGAAUUCUAUUACUUCCUAAAAACUUAUAGUAUAUUUUGAAAUUAGCUUAGAAGAAAUGCGAAUUGCAUUCCAAUAAAAUAUUGAUUCAAAAACAUAGUAUAAUCUAACAUCUAAAUUAUAUAAGAGACUAAGAAUAUUAUAAUAAUUAAAAAAUGGGAUGAUCGAGAUUACCAAAAGAAAAAAUGAGUAGGUGAUUGAGGAGCUUUUAAGGAAUUGA